GUAGAUUUUUACCGCAUUAUUAUGAUAUGAGGUUUCUAACAUCACCUUGCCGUUGUACGAUCCAGAUUUUAAUAUAUGGUACCUAUCGUUUACACAGACCUAACACCCCAUUAUCCUUAGAACGGAAGCAACUGCCUUUCGCAAUUAAUUUAAGGUUAUCAUAAGGCAGCAUAAGGGUACAUUUCCUGCGACGUAUGCUGCAAGGGGUUCCCGAUACUGCGGAUUCGCGACUACCCGAUAGCCCUGGCACUUACCCUAUUUGACAAUACUUUUUUUCUAUUACCUAUUAUUUUCUUGAUAUGCGACUUCUUAUCAAUUCAUCUUCUUAACAAUCUUUCGCAUUCACAACUCGCACAAAACAAAGCCUGUUUUGCUCCCCUAUUACCUAUGCCAAGUGCCAUAUGCCGUAUAUCAACUAACCUUUAUCUUUUAUCUUUAACAAAAGAAACCUAUCUAUCACUAGCUUUCUAUAACUGGUCUAAACACAUACAUACCAUCAUCCCCCCCAUUUGCCACUCAUUUAUUUGGAGAUCUUUCGACAUGUCUACGUCUACGCCGACCCUCACGGGCGAGGGGCAACCGCUCCGGUCUGUCUUGAAGCAGGACGAUGACCUGGAGAGGCCGUCUUUUCAAAAUACUGUCAUAAGUGCAAAAGCCGUACAGAUAGCUGAACCUGAACCGGAUCAGGACAAUUUAGAGGAAAUACACCCUAAAAGACAAUAUUCGGCUGGACUUGCGAAACGCUUGAGCGGCCGUCCACCCAUGUUAGACCACACCUCUUCUAGGACUUCGCUCCAAAGUCAGAACAGUUUAGAGCCACAAAGUAGCCAUGCUGACAGCCAGUCCCCUCAUCACAAUCCGCAAGAUGGUGGACGUUCGCAUUCUCAUCAUCGUCAUCAUCACCAAUUAGAUAGAUUUGUUGCUCAGGUCGCCGAUUGGUUAGAACAUGAGCGAGUUAAGAGACAAAAUAGGCGGUCGAGGAGGGUUCAUUCGAACAGACGGAAAUGCGCCAAAGAUGAUGCCGACAAAAGCGACACGCAGCAGCCGUCCGAGAGAGCUAGGGCGUACUCUAUUGAUUCCCAAUCUAGUGACACAUCUUUUGAGAGACUCCAAAAGAUUGUUGACGAUGGCAUGAAUGCCUUGGGUCUCCAUGGAAUUCCGCACUAUAACCCAAAGUUUGGGAAGAAGUUAUCGCGGAAAAGAUCCGCCACUAUGCAUCGAACGAUCUCAUCCGACACAGAGUAUCAUGACGGCGAUAUUUUGGUUCCAACAUGUGACGCAGUUCUCGAUAAUUCCAAAACAUUAGGCUAUUCUGGGGGGAAACCUUCUUCCACGGAUGAUGUUUCUUCUUUUCCGAGUAAGAAAGAGGAGAAGGAGCGGAGAGCUUGGAUCACCUUCAAGAAUGAAAUCAUCAAGUUGGCUCAUACCCUAAGGCUCAAGGGCUGGAGAAGGGUUCCUCUGGAUAGUGGAGAGAGUAUCGACGUGACGCGCCUCAGUGGGGCGUUGACGAAUGCUGUCUAUGUUGUCUCGCCGCCAGAUAACCUAUUGGCGACAGGCGAAGGAUAUAAGAAAACCCCCGCGAAAUUAUUAUUGAGAAUUUAUGGUCCCCAAGCCGACCAUAUCAUCGACAGGGAGAACGAAUUAAAUGUGUUACGAAGGCUUGCGAAGAAGAAAAUUGGGCCUCGUUUGUUGGGGACAUUUACUAACGGCCGGUUCGAGCAAUACCUUAACGCUGUCACUCUUACUGCAGACGAUAUCAGAGAUCCAGAUACGUCGAAGCAGAUCGCCAAGAGAAUGAGAGAGUUACACGAUGGAAUAGAGCUCCUGGACAGGGAAAGGGAUGGCGGGCCUAUGGUUCUGAAAAAUUGGGAUACUUGGCUCAAUAGAACUUCACGUGUGAUUACCUACUUGGAUCGAAAAAUCCUCUCUGGUAACCCUGGUCCCGUCAGGGGCCCAGCAGAUACAUGGAAGCUGCGAGGUCUUGUCUGUGGAGUUGAGUGGGCUGUGUUUAAGGAGCUGGUAGAUAAGUAUCGGAGAUUCUUGGACGAUUACUAUGGCGGCUCCCGUGCUAUACGGGAGAGUCUGGUGUUCGCACAUAGUGAUACUCAAUAUGGCAAUAUCUUACGCGUCCGGCCCGACGAUAAGAAGUCGCCUUUACUUCAACCCAAUUAUGAACAUAAGCAGCUCGUGGUCAUAGACUUUGAGUACUCGGCUGCCAACACGAGAGGUUUAGAAUUUGCAAACCACUUCACGGAAUGGUGUUAUAAUUACCACGACGAGGAUGCCCCUUUUGCGUGCGAUACGACGAAGUAUCCCACACCGGAAGAGCAACGUCGUUUCAUCCGGGCGUAUGUCAACCACCGGCCCGAGUUUCCGCAUCCGGGUGCUUCGACGCCGAACUUGACGCCCCUAGCGACCCCGACUUUACAGCCCAGCACGCCCGGCCUAGUUGCUACAAGCCUUAGCUCCACAAGCUCGAUCCGGGAGUUCAUGCUAGACUCGCGUGCGCCGCCGGGCGGCUGGAAAGAAGAGGAUCGCCGUCGCGAAGAGCAGGCCGACACCCAAGUUGACGCAUUAAUGGAAGAGACACGCAUCUGGCGCGUCGCAAACAGCGCCCACUGGGUCGCUUGGGGCAUCAUGCAGGCCAAGAUACCCGGGUUCGAUGAGAAGGUUCCAGAUGAUGUGGAGGGAGUCGUACAGCAGACAGCUAUCGCAGCACCAGAGGAAGAAGCGGGUGACGCAGCCGAGUUCGAUUACCUUGCGUACGCGCAGGACCGCGCUAUGUUUUUCCUUGGCGACUGCGUCAAGUUGGGCUUGGUCACGGAAGAAGAUCUACCCCAGGAGGUAAGGGGGAAGAUCAAGUACGUGGAUUUUGAAGAAGUAUUUGUUGGUGGUGCGAUGGGGAAGAGGUAGCUAGCAUAUAUAUGAUUGGAAGGGAGGUGUAGCGAGCGAUGCGUUGGCCUUGGAAUACGCUUUCAACAGACGGACAGGCAGGCAAAUAUGUUGGGUUCUUUCUAGGAGAGGGAACAAUGUGGGAAUAGGAGGUAGUUUAUGUGCGGUACACAACUUAUUACCUAGCAGCGAGCGAGCAAUGAAUACUUAUCUAGCGAAUGAAAUCCAAACGAAGAUACAUAAAACUCAAGUGUGUUGUUAUAUCGCCCUUUUUUGAGAUGUCUUGGUCUUGUCCAUCGUAUGUAUCAUAGCAAAUAUCCCUCAGAAUGCAUUUGUUAUGACCCCCG